UCACGUCCAAACUCCGAAGGUCAAACUGGUUGAAGCUUCGAAGAUCGAAGGUGGCCGAAGGUUAGGUGGAAUGGUGGCUGCUGGUAGUCGUAGUGGGAUUAGGAUUAUUAGGAAGCAGUAGGGGUGAGUGAGGUUAGUUGGGUAUACGUGGUUUAUAUGACGUAUUUUGCUGGCAAAGCUGCCUUUGAUUAUAUCUUGCCAGCACAGGCACGUAUGUUCACGUCACAUCAAGUGAACGCAUCUCAUUUGUGUCAACGAAAUUACAAAGGAGAUCACAAUGACAGGGGAUAACCGGGCCUCCAUGCGCAGAUGGAUCUCGAGGAUAAUAGUCGCCACGUUCCUCGCGCUCAUAAUUUUGAAUCUGCCGGCGAUCUGCGAGGGCCAUGACGGUCACAAUCACGAGUCGCCGAGUUACAAGUAUUCCAAAGAAGCCAAUGAAAUCUACUCAAAUGAACAUGAACAUGAACAUCAGCAUCAUCAUCAUAAUGAUCAUGUUCACCAACAUGAUCAUAAGCACUCUUAUUCGACGCAAGCAAAUACUUUACAUAGGGAUCACAGUAAUAUUAUUUUAAGGGCCGUUGGAUCGACCUUAAUCAUAUCUGCUGCACCUUUCUUUAUAUUGUUCUUUGUGCCUCUGGAUAAUACUAAACAACGCGAGUCACUGCUCAAGAUAUUGCUGAGUUUUGCAUCCGGUGGCCUACUGGGUGAUGCAUUUCUUCAUUUGAUUCCACAUGCAAUGAUUCCUCAUUCGCAUGAAUGUUCAGAAUCGCAUUCACAUUCUCAUUCCCAUAGUCACCAUGAUGAAUCAGGACUUCACAAACAUGAUAUAUCUGUUGGUUUGUGUAUAUUGUUAGGAAUGACAGUGUUUCUAAUGGUAGAGAAAGCAGUACGUAUUGUUAAAGGUGAUCAUAGUCAUUCACAUGUCCAUCAUGAUUCUCAAGAUAAAAAAGAUAAUUUGUUAGAGAAGAAAAAGGAAAAGAAGGAAGAGAAGAAAAAUAACGAUAAAACGGUUUUCAAUGCACACAAAGCACCUGAAAGUGAUAUCAAGAUUGCUGGUUAUUUGAACUUGGUGGCAGACUUUUUGCAUAAUUUUACAGAUGGUCUAGCUAUAGGAGCUAGUUACAUGGCUGGAAAUAAUAUUGGUUACGUAACGACAUUCACGAUACUAUUACAUGAGAUUCCACAUGAAAUCGGUGAUUUUGCCAUUCUGAUACAAAGUGGAUACAGUAAAAGAAAGGCUAUGAUGUUGCAGUUGACUACUGCUAUAGGAGCUUUAUUAGGAACUUUCGUUUCUUUAUUAGCAGAUGGAAUGGGUGAUUUUGCAACAAGAUGGAUUCUUCCCUUCACAGCAGGAGGUUUUAUUUACAUUGCAACUGUUUCUGUAAUACCAGAACUUUUAACUGCCACUAAACUUUGGCAAUCAAUUAUGGAGAUAUCUGCACUUCUUUUUGGAGUAUAUAUGAUGGUUCUUAUAGCAGACUACGAAUAAGAAAUACAUUAGCUAUAGGAUAAUUUAUUUUGUUAUACUAUUUUCAUUCUUCAUUUCAUUCUUGCUCAUUAAAGCUUUGAAAAUAUUAUUGGAUAAAUAGUAGC